ACGGGGGCGAUGAAGCCGGGGGACCAGGAGGCAAAGAUAGGCGCUGUGUUCCUGGAGCUGAAAGGAGGCCUGUGUGGUUGGUGGCCUGGUGGAAGCAGUGGCCUGAGGUCUGGGAGGGAGCGCCGUCUGAAGGGCCUUUGAGAGCUGCUGAAAACAGGAGGAUGAUUACGGAGAGGGCGAGGAUGACGCGGAGGUCCAGCAAGAAUGCCUGCAUAAGUUUUCCACCCGGGAUUACAUCAUGGAGCCCUCCAUCUUCAACACCCUGAAGAGGUAUUUUCAGGCAGGAGGGUCUCCGGAGAAUGUUAUCCAGCUCUUAUCAGAAAACUACACGGCCGUGGCCCAGACCGUCAACCUCCUGGCUGAGUGGCUCAUUCAGACAGGUGUCGAACCAGUGCAGGUUCAGGAAACUGUGGAAAAUCACUUGAAGAGUUUGUUGAUCAAACAUUUCGACCCUCGGAAAGCGGAUUCCAUCUUCACUGAGGAAGGCGAGACCCCCGCUUGGCUGGAACAGAUGAUCGCACACACCACGUGGAGGGACCUGUUCUACAAACUGGCUGAAGCCCACCCGGACUGUUUGAUGCUUAACUUCACUGUCAAGCUUAUUUCCGACGCGGGAUACCAAGGGGAGAUAACCAGCGUGUCCACAGCCUGCCAGCAGCUGGAAGUGUUUUCUAGGGUGCUUCGCACCUCUCUGGCUACAAUUCUGGAUGGAGGAGAGGAAAACCUUGAGAAACAUCUCCCGGAGUUCGCUAAGAUGGUGUGCCACGGCGAGCACACGUACCUGUUCGCCCAGGCCAUGAUGUCCGUGCUGGCCCAGGAGGAGCAGGGGGGCUCGGCCGUGCGCAGGGUCGCGCAGGAGGUGCAGCGCUUCGCCCAGGAGAAAGGCCACGACGCCAGUCAGAUCACGCUGGCCCUGGGCACAGCGGCCUCCUACCCCAGGGCUUGCCAGGCCCUGGGGGCCAUGCUGUCCAAAGGGGCCCUGAACCCGGCCGACAUCACCGUCCUGUUCAAGAUGUUCACGAGCAUGGACCCGCCGCCCGUGGAGCUCAUCCGCGUGCCGGCCUUCCUGGACCUGUUCAUGCAGUCCCUCUUCAAGCCGGGGGCCCGCAUCAACCAGGACCACAAGCACAAGUACAUCCACAUCCUGGCGUACGCGGCGAGCGUGGUGGAGACCUGGAAGAAGAACAAGCGCGUGAGCAUCAAUAAAGACGAGCUGAAGUCCACAUCGAAAGCCGUUGAAACUGUUCACAACUUGUGUUGUAACGAGAACAAGGGGGCGUCGGAGCUCGUGGCGGAGCUGAGCACCCUCUACCAGUGCAUCAGGUUUCCCGUGGUGGCGAUGGGUGUGCUGAAGUGGGUGGACUGGACGGUGUCGGAACCGAGGUAUUUCCAGCUGCAGACUGACCACACCCCGGUCCACCUGGCCUUGCUGGAUGAGAUCAGCACCUGCCACCAGCUCCUGCACCCCCAGGUCCUGCAGCUGCUCGUCAAGCUCUUUGAGACGGAGCACUCCCAGCUGGACGUGAUGGAGCAGCUUGAGCUGAAGAAGACGCUGCUGGACAGGAUGGUGCACCUGCUGAGUCGGGGUCACGUGCUGCCCGUGGUCAGUUACAUCCGCAAGUGUCUGGAGAAGCUGGACACCGACAUUUCUCUCAUUCGCCACUUCGUGACCGAGGUGCUGGACGUGAUCGCGCCUCCCUACACCUCUGACUUCGUGCAGCUCUUCCUCCCCAUCUUGGAAAACGACAGCAUCGCAGGCACCAUUAAAACCGAGGGCGAGCACGACCCCGUGACGGAGUUCAUAGCUCAUUGCAAGUCUAACUUCAUCCUGGUGAACUGAUCCAGCCAGAACAUUCCCGGAGACCCCCGGUGGAAAAACCCUUCCCAGAAGCUGUGGGUGCAGAGGCCCAGUCAGCGUCUUGAAAGUGGGCCCUGGUGGGAGGAGGUGGACGACGUUUAAAAAGGAGAGUGGGAGCCGCGUCGGUGAAAGGCUGCCCCCGGAACGGUCCCCUCUCCCUAGGAAUCCAGGGCCGCCCCAAACUCUGCUCAGUGUUCAUCCCCCCCCCCCACCUCCCCUAACGGGCCUGGGUCCGUCUUAACCUCCUGGGCAGCGGUCAGCUGCCAGCCCUGGGGUGGACGCCUAAAUGAACUGUGUUCAAAGCUGAUGUGAGUUUUCUGACCGGACGCUCUAAGUUUCUGAGAACACAUGGCAGUCUUCCUGCCUUGGAAGGCGCAGGUCCGGGGUGGGUGGUUCUCGCAAAUAAAGCACUCAGGCUGGGGUC